AUGUCAGCCCGUGGUGAGCCUUCGACCCGGCAGGUCUACCUGUGCCCCGACGAGUUCGCCACUGUCAAGCAGACCUACCCUAAUUCGACCAGCCCUGUCAGCAUACAGCAGAGUGAAGUCACCAUUACGUAUAAUAGUAUGAGCCUGUGUAUGAGCAAAGCUUUCAACUUUAUGAAGAAUACUGGUCUUAUCCGAAGAGAUACUUCAACUCUCACAUAUCUCCUCUUGGCACUCAACGAGACAUGGUUCGUUACUGGUCCCGACUCCAAGGCUGACCGUCUGCCGCUGUACACUGCUGGAAAUCAUAUCCAGCGCUGCUCUAAAGCCACAGGACUGGGCAUAAGGCCCAUAUCUGGGGUAUACUGCGCUUCUACGUAUUCACUCAAUGCCACCAAUGCUGAUGAGUCCCGACUGGGUGCACUAGGGCAAGGCCUCUUCGUCACGGACUAUGCCCCUGUGACAGAGUACCAUCCAUCGAUCUUCGUGGGCGCUUUCAACUUCAUAGGGGGAGGGGUCCUAUCGUGCUCAGGAGUCGAGACUAACCACUGUAAAGAUAUGGCCGGCCGGAUGACGACGUCGUUUGAUUUCAUCCCUAGUACUGGUCGGCACUUUAUGAAGUUUAAUGGUGCCUGGAUGUUGGUGGAGCGGGAAAGGAACAAUUCGACGGUGGACAUUACUACCGGCUCUCCGUGGGAGACUCUCACACUUACAACACUAGCAUGGAACGUUGGGAAAUUUGAAGAGCUCCUUGUGGAGGCCCAGAGUAUGGCGGCGAACAGGGAAGAGGGCAAGACGGUCAUAUACAAUGCUACUGGUCAUGAAUGGCGUCCCUUUGGGAACCCCAAAACUGUACGGCCAUUCGAAUCAGUGAUCCUGGACGGCGCAGCUGCUGAGACCAUCGCCUCAGACGUGAAGGAGUUCCUCUCUACUGGCUCCUGGUAUCUACAGCGUGGUAUACCCUAUCGUAGGGGCUACCUAUUUUAUGGCCCUCCGGGGUGUGGGAAGACCAGCUAUAUAAUGGCUUUGGCUGGCCACAUACAGUACAAUAUAGCGGUUCUUAACCUCGGCGAUCCGACCAUGUCCGAUGACCGUCUACAGCGCCUUCUAGCCACGGUCCCUCCCAAAUGCCUUAUCCUUCUCGAAGAUGUCGAUUGUGUUUUACCGGAGUACGAGCCUUCUGAAAAACCACAAGACCCCCGACGCCAGGGCAUACGUCCUAUGACCUUUUCUGGUCUCCUUAACGCCUUGGACGGUGUGGGGUCUACUGAGGAGCGCCUUGUUUUCAUGACUACCAAUAGGCCCUCUUUCCUCCCGCCAGUUUUGGUCCGUCCAGGUAGAGUGGACGUAAAAGUCCACGUCGGCCUGGCGACUCGUGACCAGAUGCAGCGAAUGUUUAUGCGAUUCUACCCUGACUCGACUGAAUGGGCGGAGGAAUUCGCGCGGAAACUCGAGGGGACGCCAUUGUCGCUAGCAGACAUACAGGGGUAUUUUCUUUUCUUCAAGAAUGACCCGGAAGGAUGUCUGGAGAAUGUCGGGGAAUUCGCCGAGCGUGUUAAGAGCCAACGGUGA